GUUGUCUUUGAUUUUCGUUGCUAAGUAAUCUCUGGGAUUUAAUCCUCCAUUUAUUUUUUUUCUAUUUUUCGAUCCGGGUGAGUGUUUGCUAUAUAAAUUAUUGAGUCCGCCCGGCCACGUAUUACCUGACUUUUUUUCUCUCACUUUCUCUUUUCCACUUGGCCGUUCACCUGUGUGUGUGUGAUUGUGUGUGCUAUCUCUCUUACUUUUUUCCUCUCUGCCUUUUUUUUUUCUUUCUUCCUUCUCUUUCUCUCCUCCUUCCCCUAUUUUUUUUACUCUUUCCGCUACUACUAUUUUUAUAUUCCUUUGCGGAUUUCCUGACUCAUAGAUAAAAAAAAAGAAUAACCAUGACGACACUCAGCGCCACUUCCGUCGUGCCUUCAUAUACUUUCGAUCACCCUCAUCAUCAUGAUAAAGUGGAUCAACCCAUUUUAUUGACGGAAUACAUGGAUCAAGCCAGUAGUGUAUCUGAUUUAGACAAUCAUCCAACCCGUACGAGUUUCCGACGAACUAGACAGUCAUCGAUGAUAUCAUUUCCAGAAUUACUACAAGACAGUGACGAAGACGAUGAUGAUUCGCUCACUUCGCCCACGUCGGCAUUGGAUCAAUAUUUUGGCGUACGACAUCGAGAAUCCCGAAUUCGGUACGACACAGACUUGCCUGUGCCCACCAGCUCGCACCAUCGACGUCGCCACAGCGAUCUUUGUAAAAGCCAUCGACGCGUAGCUGCGCCAUCGGUGAUGAUGAUGCGAUCCAGUUUCAGCGGAGUCCCAUCGUCCGCCCAUUCGGCGACGACCCCUUUGCCCAUCUUUGCUGGGGCCAAUGUCACUCACACCAUCAAAUCUGCGUCCGAUUCAACUCCGUGCAUGCCUCGCCGAAAAAGCGUGCCACAUCGAUCUCCUUCGGCGAUCCAGGACGCUAUCCAGGCUACAGCGGUCGACAAAAGUGUGGUGUUUCAACUCGAUAUGCAUUCCCAUCUUCCGGCUGUACCAUCCACUGGAUCGAGCACCACCACCGCCACCACGACUUGUCCCGACUGUGGAGCGUCUACUUCUCAAUGCGGCAUGACAUGCACUUCUAAAGUCAUCUGUGGUGAAUCUUUGCUUGCUGCACUGCGCAAACGCGUCGCUCUUGCUCGAAGUCAACAACAGCAGCAUCAACAACCGUCCCCCGUGUCGGGCCGCAAACGGGCCCGAUCCGCUACCCAGAUCGAGAUACCUCACAUCAAAGUCAAGCACAGUUCCGCUGGUUCGGGUAGAAAAGUGCAUGAUUGGUUCCACGAAUCUUCCGUGGAAGAGGAGGAUGAAGAAGACGAUGAGGAUGAAGACAUGGAUGAAGAUGAGGACGAUGCCAUGCAUCCCGAAAUUCAUCGAAAGACGCAUGUUCCCAAAUCGGCCCUCACUUCCGCUUCAUCCUUGCUGCAACAACCCCGUCGAAAAUCCGUCACAGUUCGACGCAGUUCUAACUCGGGUCGUCCAUCGCGUGUGAAAGGUCCUUGUCAAGCUUGUCAAGAAGCCUCUGAUGGGUGUAUGCGAAAAGCGUUCGACUGGCCAUUCCCAUCGACCCAAGUAUUUAACGAUAAAGGCAAACCGUUUGUUUACCUUUGUAACAAGUGUGGUCUUCGUUACAACAAGAGUGGCGGAUGUGUUUGUCGUACUUGCCGUUGGGUGUUCUGCAAAGAGGAGAAGCGUAAGGCAAUGCAACAUAUCAAUCAAAUGAGACGCAAUCGACCGGAUGGACGUGUGGAUCCAAAUGAAGAUAUUGAAAACUUUGUAUGCACACCGAAAUAUUGGACAUGUGGUCGACCAUGGAAAGUAGGUUGGGUGCUUAACAGUAACGAAGACGAUGAAACCGAAUCCAUGACAGAAUCUGCCUAAAAUUCCUUUUUUUUUCCCCUGGAACUAUUUUGACGAACUUGUUCAAUUUCUUUGUGUCAUUUUCAUCACUCUGUUUCCAUCAUGGUUCCGGGUUUCCCGAUCUCGGUCCUUUUUUUUCCUUUCAUUCUGUUUCCUCCUCCGCCCCUCACUCUUUUUGAUCAUCCUGUUUUCUCCUUCGUCCUUUUAUGACAACCUUUUUUCCUCGCCCUAAUUUGUUUGUCGGAUAUCUUUUCUCUCUAUUUUGUUUGUUUAUAACUGUACAUACGCUGCUUUUUUUUUGAUCCAAGAAAAAAUCAAAAAGGAAAAAGAAAGAAAGACAAAAAGCGAAAAGCGAAAAGAGUAAACCACCGGUGACCACCUACAAUA